UUUUUUUUUAUUAUAUGAAAUAUUAAUAAAGUGCUUAUUUAAAAUGUAGAUGGCAGGAGGUCGGGGGAAAAGUCUUAUGAGUCAAGUUGCCGGUAAAGGCAAGAGCUUAAUGAAAGCCUUGAGUGGGAAGGGGGACAAUCCGGAAGAUCCGGAUCGCAUUGGAGACCGAGAUGUCCUUGCUUCCGCGCGUAGAAGAAAGCAGUUAGCUCGAGAAGUAGCGUUACAGCGGGAAGAAGAGAGACUGAGACGAGAAGCUGUUGCAGCUGGAGCCGGACCCUGUACAUUGCCACAUGCCGACGACGAUAAUAUGGAUACUGACGAGGAGAUGGAGGAAGAUGAUGGGCCAGCAGAUGCAUUUCAGGAUCGUAGAGGUGGUCGUGCCUUACCCUUUCCGCAGCUGCCUGGUCCUGCGUACUUGGAGGGUCCGUGCGAGGGAGGGCCGCAAAAUUUAGAGUUUAUGCGAUGGUUCAAGUCGCAUAUAGCGAUGUACAUUUGGGAAGGAUAUGAGCGCCGUGAAACUACACGGUGCGAGUCGAGGACCAAAGCACUCGAGGACUACCGCGGCCCGCAGGAUAACACGAUGAUUGCGAGGUUGGAGGCAACAUGUCUUUACCACUUACGAGACUGUUUUCUGAAGAGGAUGAACAAGAACCUCAUGCUAGCUUUCGUGGAGAGGUGGCAGCCGGAAACGAACAGUUUCCACAUGCCAUGGGGCGAGAUGACGAUCACGCUCCACGAUGUCGCUUUCAUCCCAACUUGGUGUUACCCAAGAAUUUUGACGCGUUUGCCUCAACGUUUCUGUUUAUGUGAUAUAAACAUAACAUGUGAUGCGAACGUGGAAACACGUUUGGCAAUGCUUUCAGUAGGCCCAGCUCACGAUCUGUCAGUAUCACUUCUGGUUCUAUCCCGAUUGGUAAUAUGUCUCGCAAACAUCGCAAUGUCCAUGCAUAAGUGUCCCCAUCUUCACGUGACAUAA